AUAAAGGAAUGUGAUUUGGAACAUAAAUAGGAAUCUAGCUAUUUCUUGCGGGUUGCAGUUUUGUUCGCGGGACCUCUCUUCUUAUUACAAUGUGGUUCGAUUGAAUGCGUUUUUGAUGGUUUUCUCGCAUUAGGCAUUUGAAGGAAUAAUUUCUUGGGGUCUGACUGCUUUGGAAGUUGGAAAUGAGUGGUUCAUCCAAUAUAGCAGUUGGAUCUCAGGUAUGGGUGGCAGAUCCUGAGGAAGCUUGGAUAGAUGGGGAAGUUUUGAAAGUUAAUGGUGAUGAGAUUAAAGUAAAAUGUUCUUCUGGAAAGACAGUUGCGGCUAAUGCAUCAGAUACAUACCCAAAAGACCCAGAGGAUCUGCCCAAUGGUGUGGAUGAUAUGACAAAGCUUGCAUACCUACAUGAACCAGGUGUCCUGCAGAAUUUGAAAAGCAGAUAUUUUGCAAAUGAAAUAUAUACCUACACCGGUAACAUAUUGAUAGCAGUGAACCCCUUUCAACGGCUGCCCCAUCUAUACAGUGGAGAAACAAUGCAAAAGUACAAAGGAAUGCAACUUGGAGAACUGAGCCCACACCCUUUUGCUAUUGCUGAUUCUGCUUACAGGAGAAUGGUUAAUGAUGGUAUAAGCCAGUCAAUUUUGGUAAGUGGGGAGAGUGGAGCUGGUAAAACUGAAAGCACUAAAAUGCUCAUGUGUUAUCUUGCAUAUAUGGGAGCUGGCGCCGGGGAUGGGGGGCGGAGUGUGCAGGAGAAAGUACUUGAGUCAAGUCCUGUUCUGGAAGGAUUUGGUAAUGCCAAGACAGUUAGAAAUAACAACUCAAGCCGCUUUGGCAAAUUUGUAGAGAUUCAGUUCAACAAUAGUGGUAGGAUUUCUGGUGCUGCAAUCCGAACCUAUUUGCUGGAAAGAUCACGUGUUUGCCAAGUGUCUGAUCCCGAAAGAAACUAUCACUGCUUUUAUAUGCUUUGUGCUGCACCACCUGAGGAUCGUGAAAAAUACAAAGUGGGGAAUCCAAGAGAGUUUCAUUAUUUGAAUCAGUCAAAUUGUUAUGAAUUGAAUGGAGUUGAUAAUUCCCAAGAAUAUCUUGAUACAAGGAGGGCCAUGGAUAUAGUUGGGAUGAGUUCUGACGAGCAGGAUGCAAUUUUUCGGGUUGUGGCGGCAGUUCUUCACUUGGGUAAUAUUGAGUUUGGUAAGGUAAGCGAUGGUGAUGCUUCAAAACCUAAGGAUGAUAAGUCUAAACUCCAUCUGAAAACAACUGCUGAACUUUUAAAGUGUGACGAGAAAGCUCUUGAAGACUCCUUGUGCAAGCGUGUCAUGGUUACUCGUGAUGAGACCAUAACAAAAAGCCUCAAUCCAGAUGAUGCAGCACUCAGUAGAGAUGCUUUGGCUAAAAUUGUCUAUUCAAGAUUAUUUGAUUGGCUUGUUAACAAGAUUAAUGAUUCUAUCAGCCAAGAUCCAAAUUCAAAAUACAUAAUUGGUGUUCUGGAUAUCUAUGGUUUUGAGAGUUUCAAGACAAACAGUUUUGAGCAAUUUUGCAUAAAUUUGACUAAUGAGAAACUGCAGCAACAUUUUAAUCAGCAUGUGUUUAAGAUGGAGCAGGAGGAGUAUACUAAAGAAGAAAUUGACUGGAGCUACAUUGAGUUCGUUGAUAAUCAAGAUAUUCUUGAUCUUAUUGAAAGGAAACCUGGAGGUCUUAUUGCACUUCUCGAUGAGGCAUGUAUGUUUCCAAGAUCUACACAUGAGACAUUUUCAGAGAAGUUAUACCAGACAUUUAAAGAUCACAAGCGUUUUUCCAAACCAAAGUUAUCGAGAACUGGCUUUACCAUUAGCCAUUAUGCCGGUGAUGUCACUUACCAGACAGAUUUGUUUCUAGAUAAGAACAAAGAUUAUGUUAUUGCUGAGCAUCAGGCUCUCCUUAGUGCUUCAGGAUGUUCCUUUGUUUCUGGACUUUUCCCACCUUUACCUGAGGAAUCAUCUAAAUCCUCAAAAUUUUCUUCCAUUGGGAGUCGAUUUAAGAUGCAACUACAAUCGCUGCUUGAGAUUCUCAAUGCAACAGAACCACACUAUGUCCGGUGUAUCAAACCUAAUAAUCUUCUGAAGCCUUCUAUAUUUGAGAAUGCGAAUGCUCUGCAACAACUUCGUUGUGGGGGAGUAAUGGAAGCAAUCCGAAUCAGCUGCGCUGGAUAUCCCACUCGAAAAACUUUUCAGGAGUUCAUACAAAGAUUCAAAAUCCUCGAUCAAAGUGUUUUACAUGGAAGUUAUGAUGAUAUCACUGGUUGCCGUCAAAUAUUGGAGAAGUCUGGCCUUAAAGGUUAUCAGAUUGGCAAAACGAAAGUGUUUCUAAGAGCUGGUCAGAUGCCAGAACUAGAUGCUUGUCGUGCCCGGGUGCUUGGAAGAUCAGCUUGUAUAAUCCAAAGAAAAUAUAGAUCAUAUUAUGCACGCAAUUACUUCUUGAAAUUACGAUCAGCAGCGGUAUAUAUUCAAGCUCUGUGUAGAGGGCAAAUUGCACGCCAUAUUUUUGAGUGCAAGAGAAGGAUGGCUGCUGCUUUGAUCAUUCAGAAAGAUAUCCGUAUGCAUUUUUCAAGAAAAACAUAUGUAACUUUGUACAAUUCUGCAGUUAUGGUUCAGACAGGAAUGAGAGGCAUGGAUGCUCGUAACACACUUAGAUUUUUAAAGCAAAAGAAAGCUGCCACCAUUAUCCAGACAGAGUGCCGAAGAUACUUGGCUUCCAAUCGAUAUUCUCGGUUAAAAUGGGCUGCAAUUAGUCUUCAGUGUGCUUGCAGAUCAUGUAUUGCCCUUGAAGAAUUGCGGAAACUGAGAAUGGCUGCAAGGGAAACUGCUGCACUUCAAGAUGCCAUAGUCAAGUUGGAAGAGGAAUUUCAAGAAUUGAUGAUUCAAUUGGAAGAAGAGAAACGCAAAAGGGAGGACAUUGAAGAAGCCAAAGCAACAUUGGAGAAGCAAGUUAAAGAACUAACUUUGCAGCUACAAAUGGAGAAAAGCAUGAGGGUUGAUGUUGAGGAAGCCAAAAAUUAUGAGAAUGCUGAAUUACAAUCUACACUGGAGGAAAUGCAAAAGCAAAUACAACAGUUUGAAUCUGACUUGGAAGAAAUGCAAAAUUUACAAGUGCAAUUUCAGGAUGGAGGGGAUAAUAGUCCCAAAACCAAUUUGGAAAAGCAAGUUAAAGAAUUGACUAUCCAAUUACAGCAGGAGAAGAAGAAGAGAGUUGACAUUGAGGAAGCCAAAAGUCUGGAGAUCAAAAGAUUACAAUCUUCUUUGGAAGAAGUAAAAAAGUUUGGCAUAGCCAAAGAGCAGCUGAUAAAGGAGCCGGAAGCUGCAAAGAUGGUGAGCAAUCAAGUUCCGAGUGUAGAAGAUGUCUCCAUUACCGGAGAUGAACUAAUUGAUAAAUUAAGAGCUGAAAAUGCAAAUCUGAAGCUUUUAGUAAUUUCUCUGGAAAAGCAAGCUUCAGAUACAGAGUCAAAGAUAACUCAGUUGCAAGCUGAAAUUCAGAGGUUUCUAUUUCCCCAGAUUCUAAUUCCGUACAGCAUAGCAAGCAUUGGCACAUUUUUUGUAUGGGUGAAAAGCUCGAAUGGACACCAAAAUUCGGUAAACUCUCCGGCUGGGAAACAGUCUGAACAUCAAAAUACAGAGGCAGUGGAGAAUGAUCCUCACCAUGAUCCUCAGAGUGCAACUCCCACCAAGAAAUACGGAACUGAAUCUGAUAGCGAGUUGAGGAAUUCUCAUAUUGAAAGGCAACGGGAGAAUAUUGAUACGUGUAUCAGGUGCAUUGAAAAUGAUCUUGGAUUCAGUGAAAAAAAACCAGUUGCUGCGUUUACCAUUUACAAGUGCCUUAUUAACUGGAAAUCAUUUGAAGCUGAGAAAACUAACAUAUUUGAUCGACUUAUUCAAAUUGUAGGCUCUGCCCUAGAGGAUGAGGCAGACACUAAACGUUUGGCAUACUGGCUUUCCAACGCUUCAACUUUGUUUUUUUUACUUGAUCGAACUUUGAAAGAUCCCUCAGCAAAACAGCCAGCCUCAUUUUUUGAAAGAGUGGCCCAAGGGUUCCGGUCUUCCCCUGCAAUUAAUAUAGGCGGAUUUGAUGGAGUCCAACAGGUUGAAGCCAAGUAUCCAGCUAUCCUUUUCAAGGAGCAGCUAGCUGCUUAUGUUGAGACAAUUUACGGACUUCUUCGAGAUAAUGCCAAGAAGGAGUUGUUUCAACUGCUUUCUUUAAUACAGGUACCCAAAGCACUUGUGGAUAGCUCUUCUGAUCAAUCUUCGAAGGACAGUUCUAUGAGGCACUGGCAAAGCAUCAUUGAUGUAUUAAAUGGGUUUCUUAGCUUGCUCAAAGAUAAUUUUGUUCCUUUGGUCAUUGUUCAGCACCUCUUCACAGAUAUUUUCUCUUAUGUCAAUGUUCAGCUCUGUAAUAGCAUCCUUCAGCAAAAGGAGUGCUGCACAGUUAGUCAUGGGGAAUAUAUAAAGGCUGGUUUAGCUGAAUUACAACUUUGGUCUGGAAAUUCAAAUGAGCAUGCAGGCUCGGCAUGGGAUGAACUAAAACAUGUUCAACAGGCUGUAAGACUUUUGGCGUUACAAGAAAAAUCAGAACUGAACUUAGAUGAUCUUACAACUGAGCUGUGCCCUUCAUUGAGCCAUCAACAGCUUCAUAGGAUCUGCACUCUCUAUACAGACGAAAAUUCAAGCACGGGAAUUGUGCCUCAAGAUGUCAUUUCUAGCUUGAAGCCAGAUUCAGAUGACUCCAAUGAAGCUGGCAAGGAUUCAUAUCUGUUGGAUGAAAAUUCAGGCACCCCGAUGUCAAUCCAAAAUAUUAGCAAUUCUAUCAAUGAUUUAGAUUUCACCGGUGUAAAACCUCCAGCAGAGCUUCUUGAGAAUCCAGGCUUUGAAUUUUUGAAAGGAUAAGGCUUUUUUGCACGUAUAUAGCAUUACUCUUUGCCUGUCUAUACCAUUAUAUAUGUAUAUGCAUCUGCGCAGCUAGAGGCUUUUGUAUAGUUGGUCUGUCUAGAUCUUCAUGGCCUUCCUCAUGAACUUUUGCUAG